CCGGAUGAUUCAUGUUCACGCACUUUGCUAUCAUAACAGAAAAUAACGUUAUCCGUGUUUACAGCAUUAUAGAUUUUCUUCACGAGGAAAUAAAAAGUGUAUCUUAUUAUGGCUGAGUGCCAGUUGCCAACCCGACCCCAGGGCCGAGAACGACCUGCCCGCCCACCUCCACCUGGUUGUAAUCUUAGUCAGCAAACUUUCAGAACAUUUCAAAAGUAUCAUGACAAGGCAUACCAGAACAUAGAGCAGGGCUUGUCUUUAGACGAGCAAGGGCAGGUUGAUGCUGCUAUGAAGGCAUAUGAAGAUGGUUUAAAAAAUCUAGCACAAGGUCUGGAAAUGAAUGCGGAGAAGAUUUGUGAAAAGGAUGAGGAUAAGGACACAGCUAAACAAAUGCAGCAAAAAAUGACAAAGACAAAAUUACAGAUAACAUACAGACUACAAACACUUCAGACUCAAAUGAUGUCGGAGAUGAACAGCCAUACAAACGGUCACAGUUCCUUGGAGACUGCCAUGGAUAUGGACUCUCCGCCAUCAUAUGACCAAGCCAUGUCUAUGGCUAGUUCAGGCAUCAGUGAUGAGGCAUUUGUUUCUAUCGGUGACAGUAUCAUGGAUGAUUCACAGAGUGGAUUAGACUCGUUGGAAUCAAAUGCAACUGAAAUAUUGUCAAUUUCUGAUGAUGUCCAAAUAUUUUAUAUUUCCCCUGAGGGAUAUGUGAGUGCUCCAUCUUACCCCUCUGCUCUAAGAAUUGCCAAGUUUAAUGAAAGCUUGACAAGUGAGGCGAGUAAUUCACAGCGACCACCUGCUUUCCUUCAGGUACAUGAUUGGUACUACCCCUUAGUUCCCGGGACAUCGCCUGCCCUGAGGGCUACAAAUGGGGCCUACAUCUUUCCUGAUCUGUCGUCACAGCAGCAAGGUGGAGCUGUGGGGCUUAUGCUACCAGAGAACAUUUCUAGUGAUGAGAGACAAAACUUUGAGAGAACACUGAGAUCAUUCACUGUACUCCAGGACCAACAGCCGUCCCCAGUUACUCCGUCCGCCCCACCACUGGCUGCUACAGGGGACAGUCAUACUGGAUGGUCAUCAGAGGCUACAGCAGGAGAGAGGGAACAAACUAAGGGAUCACAGGACAAAGUUGUGGGGGGCAUCACCGACCAGGACAAGACAUCAACAAGGACAGCUUCAGAGCAAGUAGCAGGGGAGACAACUACGACCGAGAAAAUUACCAAAGGAAUUAGUGUCGCUGCUGAUUGGAUUUCUUGGGGAGUUGGAAAGGGUGCUGAGAAGACAAGUAAUUUGAUCAGAUUUGGAUCAGAAAAAGUGAGAGAGAAGCUGAAGCCAGAGGAAAAAGCUAGAGAUAUAGAUCCUAGAAUACAGACAGGGGCACGCUAUGCCAGGUCAGGGGCCAAUGUUGCUAUCAAAGUUAGCUCAUUUAUAGUAACCAAGCUGGGGGAGGCUACUGUGGCUGUUGCUAGAGAGGUAGCACCACACAUCAGAAAACAGGGCCAGAAAGUCCUACCAAAAUCUGUCACGCAAAAGUCUGCAGAUGGCAAGUCAAAGGUUGAUGAUGUCAUAGAGGUCGCUGCCACUGGAGUGAAGGGUUUUGGAACUGUGUAUGUAUCUUUAGAAUCGGCUGCAAAGGUAUUGGCCAAAAAUAUCGCUCAAGAAACUGUCCGAACUGUGGACCACAAGUAUGGACCGAACGCCAGCCAGCUGACAGAGAACACCUUGUACACGGUGGGAAAUGUUGCUAUGACAGCUUAUAAUGUAGACCAGCUCGGGAUCAAGGCCCUCGCCAAGCGUGCUGCCAAGGCGACGGGGAAGGAGGUGGUCAAGGAUUUCUGUACUACACGAUCUAACAACAGCACACGUCAAUAAAUCUCCCACCUUUAGGCUACAGAUCUGUAAAAGGAACUUCCUACAUAUAUCUCUGUUCAUCAGGGCUGUUGUGUAAUCACAAGAAAUAUUUACUAAAAGGUUGAUGCCCAGAUUCCACUAAUGGAACUAACAAGUUGGCAGUCAUGACUCCUUAAGGAUCUACAGUCCAUCUUAUGAUAGAUAUGAUUAUAAGGUUCUUUUCUCCAUAGAAAGAAGUCUGUGGCUUAUAGUUCUACUUACCAGGGUUAUCAUGUUACAUAUAUAUACCGUCAUACUAUCAAUGUCUGGCAUUAGUGACAUUACUGGACGUGUAACCUACAAUAAUUAAUGUCUGACAUUAGUGACAUGACUGGACAUGUAACAUACAAUAAUUAAUGUCUGGCAUUAGUGACAUUACUGGACAUGUAACAUACAAUAAUUAAUGUCUGGCAUUAGUACCUGACAUUACUGGACGUGUAACAUACAAUAAUUCAUGUCUGGCAUUAGUACAUGACAUUACUGGACAUGUAACAUACAAUAAUUAAUGUCUGGUAUUAGUGACAUUACUGGACAUGUAACAUACAAUAAUUAAUGUCUGGCAUUAGUGACAUUACUGGACAU